CACGACUGUGGUGCUGAUCAACUGUUUUUUAUCCUUGUUUUUUCUGGUUCUCAAGUUAUAAUUUUCCUUACCCUUUUACUCUUGGCUGGAUUUACUGACAUCAAUGCUGGCUGAACAGUCAUGAGAAGGGAUACUACGGGAGAGAUAAUGAAUGACAUGGAUGGUGCUGGAGGCAGCUAAUCAUAGAGGCCUGCACGACUCUGUCGCUGAUCAGCUGUUUUUGAUCCUUGUUUUUUCUGGUUCGCAAGAUACUUCUGAUUCGGUUUAUUAUGAAUUUGAAUGCCCGAAACAGGUACUAUUACUUAAAUCUUUUUAUGUUGGUGGGAUUUACAGAACAGCAAUGUUGGCCAAAUUCAGUAGCUCUAGUUUAAUGGAAAAAACCCAAAUGAUGAAGAUAAAUAGAUCAAAACGCGUAAAAACUAGUUGCUAUCUUUUCUUGGGCUCGCCUUGGCCGACUUGUAUCAGUAUCGGCAGAAACUUUGAAUCAUGUUAUGGGGUUCUUUAA